UACCCAUGACCCCUACCAACUUUAUGUUGCUUCAACAACAACAGCAACAACAACAACAACAACAGCAGCAGCAGCAACAACAACCACAACCACAACAACAACAGUAUCCCAAUGAUGACUUGCAGCCCUCUUUUGCUGAUAACGGAUUGGAUCAAUUUGUCAACUUUUCUUCUCCAUUCAAAGAAGGCUAUAAGGAUGACACCUUUGGUGGCCCAUUGAAUGAUACCCAUCCUUUCUUUCCAAAUACAUCUUCUUCUAUGACAACCACUACCACUACCACCACCACCACCAUGACUGCCGCCCCCACUUCUUCUACCUCCAUGGUAUCUCUACCGGCUACCACUGUUGCUGCUGCAGUAACGACCUCUGUCUCUGCUUCUAUGGAUCAUGAUCACCAUGGGGUACCCGCCACUACGACUACCACUACUUCUUCUACAGAUAUUAUUGCCACUUCCACCACCCCUCUUGCUACUGCUGAACCUAUUCAAAACACCACCCAUUAUUCAUCCAACAGUCAGGACAUGGAUCACUUUUUACAAUUAGACGUUGGUAAUGCCAGUAAUAGCCCUACGCAUCAUUUGGAUACGACAACGGCUGAUAUAUGGUUCAACAGCAAUGCUGAUUUGGGCUUGGAAUUCGAUUGGGAUAAUAAUGACUUUGUCACCCUCGAUGAUGCGAUUGAUACCAAUACACUUACUACUACUGCUAACGAUAAUGAUCAUACCACUACUCAUAACAGCAAUACUUUAAAUGUAAACAAAUAAUUUGUUUGUCUCUCAAAUCUACCAUUGUAAACCUUUUUGUUAUAAAAUAAAAAACAAAAAAAAAAGGUUGUUAUAAAAUAAAAAAAAAAAAAAA